CUGGGGCUGUGGGCGGCGUGAUUCGCCGGCCAACCGGUAGGAGGCGCCCUCAACCAGUUGGUGCUCACUGCGCAGCACCGACAGCUUCUCUGCUCGCCAUCUCCUCACCGUCUUCUCACCGCCUCGCUUCACGCCGCGGCUGACCACGAAACGCGCCAUGGCCGAAGCCGACCGCCCUGGGAAGCUCUUCAUUGGGGGCCUGAGCCCCGAAACCGACGAGAAGGGGCUCGAGACCACGUUCGGCAAGUAUGGCCGCAUCAUCGAGGUGCUCCUCAUGAAGGACCGCGAGACCGCCAAGUCCAGAGGCUUCGCGUUCGUCACCUUCGAGAGCCCGGCGGACGCCAAGGCCGCCGUCCGCGACCUGAACGGCAAGUCCCUGGAUGGUAAGGCCAUCAAAGUGGCCCAGGCCACCAAGCCCGCCUUCGAGAGCGGCCGGCGCGGCCCGCUGCCACCCCGCAGCCGCGGGCGCUCGAGGGCCCUGCGCGGCGGGGACGGCUACGCGGGCCCGGCGCGCCGGGAGCCGCCUCCGCGCCGCGACCCCUACCUGGGCCCGCGGGAGGGCGGCUACUCGCCCCGGGACAGCUACUCGGGCCGAGACUACGGGGCCGCCCGCGAGCCCCGCGACUUCGCUGCCUCGCCGCGGGACUACAGCUACCGCGACUACGGUCACGCCAGCGCCCGCGACGACUGCCCGUCGAGAGGCUACUGCGACCGGGAUGGCUACGGGGGACGCGACCGCGACUACGGCGAGCACCUGAGUGGAGGCUCCUACCGAGACAACUUUGAGAGCUACGGUGACCCGCGCGGCGCCGCCCCCACGCGUGGCCCGCAGCCAUCCUACGGCGGAGGCCGCUACGACGAGUACCGCGGCUGGUCUCCCGACAACUACCGCGAUGGCUACAGCGGCGGCAGCGGUGGCGGUCGCGGCGAGCGCUACUCGGGGGGCCGCGACCGCGGGCUCCCCCCGCCCAUGGAAAGGGGCUACCCGCCCGAGCGGGAGUCCUAUAGCCGGUCGGGCCGCAGGGCGCCCCCCAGAGGAGGUCGCCUGGGGAGCCGUGCCGAGAGAGGCGGCGUCCGGAGCAGGUACUGA